AUGAGUGGCACAGGACUCGGAUGGCCCGCUUUAGUGCCACCAUACCGCAACCGCCUUGAAGAGUGGUUUAGCACGCCUGAGAAAUUGCAUGCCUCAUUCGACACGAGGGAAGAGCUUGUAUCAUUGCUUAGGGCUUGCGAUAACACGCUUCUUGAAAGUAGCCUGCAGUUGAUUGCGGAUGCACUUCUUGAAUGGCAUGCAGACAAUGCUCGCACAGUUGCGAGUGGGCGCAGGGAAUCAAGGAGGCGCUUGACAGAGUGCUUGCCCAGUGUCCCGGGAACUGGCCUUAGCUUGCAUGAGCAUUACAAUCAGAUUGCACUUCAGAGUCCACUUGCGUUGCUUCCGGUUCUUCGCAAGCGGAAGUUAGCUACUGAUAGGGUCGUAGAUCGCGGUGCCAGGGCCACUGAGGAGAUACGGCUUCGGCAGGAGUAUGCAUUGCGUCUUGCAGCCGUCAUGCAGGAGGCGCAACUGCCGGUGUGCAAGGUGCUUGCAGGGGUCAGCAAUGCCGAGGAAGCCUGGCCACGGCUGUUCGGGACCCGUCGAUCCAAGACAUUGAGAAAUCGCUUUAGAGCUUGGGACAAGUUUCGGGAAUGGUUGCUUUAUAGCCGUGGCAGGAGCUAUCCGGAAGGGGUAGCUGAUGUGCUAGAUUAUGCCAAUGAACGAUUCCAGGAAGGAUGUGGAAAGACAGUUCUCGAAAGCCUGCAAGCCUCUCUCAGUGUAAUUGAAGGUGUAGGGCGCGUGCCGUCUACGCAGCAGAUAUCUCAGGAUCCCACAUGGCAGGCGCAGCUCAAAAGUUACACGGCCGAUUUGGUUUCGGCGGCACCGCCGGAGCAGCCAGCCAGCAUGCUCACUGUUGCUAUCGUUCUUGCAUGUGAGAUCUUCGUUUGCACGCCCGGGGAGCCUAGUUACUUGAGAGCAUUGGGCUUUGUCUGCUUAUUGAUGGUUUGGGGAUCGCUUCGGGCUGAUGAUGUUCAGGGGCUCUUGCCGCAGACCAUGCUUCUGGACGAGCGAGGGCUUAGCAUUGAUCUCGCGCGGUCCAAGACUACAGGGCCCGACAAAAGGACCCACACCGUCAAGGUCUUCGUGGAACGGAGUAUCUCUCUGACAGGGCAUGAUUGGCUGAAGGUCGGAUAUGCACUUUGGAAGGAUUUCGAUUUUGAGAGGGAUUAUCUGGUUUUGAAGGCCAAUGAAGGUUUCACGGAACCCCUGGAGAAGUCGGUGCCUUCCUCCACGGUGGCCCUUUACUUCCGCAAAGUUCUCAGUGAGUUGAAAACGCCCAAGCGUGAGGGGCGCACAUGGAAGGCCAAUGAUCAGCGUCCGCUGCUCCCGGGAUACACUUCCAGUCAUUUUACGGGACAUUCUGCGAGGAACUUCCUUAGCUCGGUCGGAGCGGCCAUCGAUGUCGACCCCAGGGAGCUUGAUUAUCUGGGUCGCUGGAAGGUAGGUGGCGAAGGUUCUGCAACCUACAUUCGCACUUCUAGGCAGGUUGUGCAUCGUCUCCAGAGUCACAUUGCUUGUUCCCUUGUCACCGGACAGCCAAAGCACUACAUCGAGGUGGAUUCCAUCAAGGCUUUGACGGACUAUGCAGCUAAGGCGGGGGAGAGCGAGUCUCAGGUUCGUCGCCGUCACACCCUCCUCGAGGGAUCCAAAGGCUUGGGCGGGUCGUGGCCAACUCUGGCAUUGGAAGUGGGUGUUGCGGCACCACCUUCUCCAGUCGAGCAGGUUUCGAUGCCAGGCAGCCGGGGGGAUUACUUCAUCGUUACCUCUCGCACCACAGGCCUGAGGCGUCUGCACAUGUUGGGCUGCUAUGUCAAGCCUGAGAAUUGUUAUGAUGUGAAAUUUGUCAGUCAUGUCGGCGCGGAGGACGUCGAUAACAUUUGCAAAGAUUGCAAAGCAAGAAUGAAGGCUCAGGCCGGAGAGGAGGAAUCAGACCCCUCCAGCAGUGACAGUGGGAGCGAGUCGAUGCGAUUCCAGGCAAUCGCCGAUUCCCGGCCGGAAGCUCGGGCUGCUGGGAAGGCGGACUUUGGUCUUGAUGAUGGGGCUGCUGACGGGCGACAACAAAUCGCGGGGGUCGUCGCUGCAUGGGAACUUGCACGCGACGUAAUCAGCAAAGAGACGGAAACACGAGCAGAGGCGAAAGUGUUAGGCCAGCCGCGAAUCUUGCAAGUCACAGAGAGGCAAGCAAUGCUCAAGGCGGUAGCGGCCGUUCACGGGCAGCUGGGAGAGUCGGAGACUCCAUCGUCUGAGUACCUCGCUCUCAAGUGCGAGGAGUGCGAAGCCAAUGAGCCUCAGGCUUCAACCUUGGAUGCCAUAACUUCGAAGAAGAACACGCUCACCACGAGCAUCCAGUCCAGCCUGGACGCUUCGGGGCGAAUUCAUAUUACUCAGCACAAAUCCAAGAGCGAGCUCCCGACUACUACAGAAGCAUAUCGCAAGGUCCUUCGCGUGGAAGCUUUCACGUGGCUAUGCAUGGCAUCCCGCUUUAAAUCCAAGCAGUGGCUUCAGGAUCUUAAGCUGUCUGACUUCGACCACUUCGUGAACUACAUCCUUGGCGAAAAGGUCGCUCAGCUCUCAGUGCCUACGUCUCAUCAGCCAGCCGAUGAGACCUACUUCACGACGCCGCUCGCCUUGUCCAUCAUUGAGCGACCACGCAAGUGGCACAAAGGCAAGGGCAAGGGUGAUGUGGGCUCUUACCUUCAGUCAUUGGGCAAUGUCACUAAUCUUCUUCAGUUCGAUCUUCAGCGCUCCACGGAGCAUGACUUGACUAAGGAAGGCUUGUGGCAGCACAUCUUUCAAUUGCUUGGCGAAGGGGAUUGGAUCCUCAUUGUGGAGCAGGCUAAUUAUUUUCUUGAUCAGACCGUGACGGCAUGUCAACUUGCAUGGCAGUAUGUCCUGGAGCACCCGGAGGAUCUCGGCGCAACGCCGGAUCAAGAGUUACCGGCUUCCAUCUGGCAGCUACCAGCUCUGCGUGAGCUCCAGGUUUCCACUCAGGCCAUCACUUUUGCUUUCUUUCAAUGCAGCUUUGAGGCUCCCACUUCCAAACCCACACGCCUUCUCACUAAUCUACGGGCCUUUGUCGAGCAGCCUCCGCCUUUUGCUUCCUGGCCACGCUUCGACUCCAGUGAUCGCUACGUGGGGCCGUUGCCGCCACGCUGCCCGCACGGGAAACAUGCCAAAGUACUUGCAGGCCGAGAAGGCUCCCGCUGGGCGACCGAGUCAUCAGCAGCCUAUCCUCCUCUGUUGUGUGAGUGGCUUGCGCAUGCUGUGCUUGCUUCCGCUUCGCAGGGGGGACUUGGGUCAGCGCCGCACAGCUCCGUUCCAGGUGAGGCAGGUCCAAUGCAGGAAUCCCACGAGGCGACGCAGGAGGUGCAUCAGGAUUUAUGUGAAGUGCCGCAGGGGCUGCACCAGGUGGUUUCCGAUAGGGUAGAGGCGGUUACUGAUAGGGUAGAGGCGGUUGGCUUGAUCGAGUCGGAAGCACCUCCUUCCACUUUGUUGCCGUCGCCAGACUCUUCGGGGUCCGCGUGCAAAGGCUUCCCGGCUUCCACAGAAGCUUUGGCAUCCUUCGUGCGUAGCAACAUGCCCGGGCACCCCUUUACCACGAUUAGCCUUUACCUUAACACUGGCACCAAGCCCCACAAAGACUCCAGGAACGCACCUUUGCCCAAUGGGAUAAUAGGGGUUACUGACUUCGUAGGAGGAGAGAUCUGGGUCGAGGCCCAGGAUGGGGAGUCUGUUCAGAUUGUUGACGGUAAGCGCUUAAGUGGUCACCUUCUUCCGAUCAGUGAGACACCCACCUACAUACAUGCCUACCGCGAUCUUCACCUCACAAUGCCCUGGAAAGGUAAGAGAUUAGUCAUCAUAGCUUUCAGUGUAUCGGAGCAUACUCAGGCAUGCGAUGAGGAUCUCGCGUUUCUUCGCGGUCAUGGUUUCGUCCUUCCGGGCGAAGAGCACAGUGUUGAUCUUGAGGCGGUCCAGUCAGAUGAUUCGGAGGUGCUGGAGGGGGGUGAGGUCGAAAGGCCGGAGCCCUUCAAGCAUCAGGAGUGCCACAACAUCGGGCUGCCUUUGAACCUCGAGUGGGAUGGCAAAACUCAGCCGAUCACGGAUGGCUUUGGACUCUGCUCACCCACUAGAUGGCCUCCGGAAGCCAGGGGGGGCCUGCUGCCCAAGCAGGCUUUGGAGUUCGCCACUGCCAUGCAUCAAGUGCUUCGAGACUUUGCAGCGGACGUUGUGCCUGAUAUCAAGCGCACGGCGAUGGAGCUUGCGCUAGGCCGCCUUAAGGAAUCGCCUUUCACUCCCGAGAUGUUAGGGGUCCUUAGGAAGGAUUGGUUUAGUUGCAUAGAGGUUGCUUCGGGAGCCAAGUGUACGGAUCUUGAUGUGGUGCCGAGUGGCCAGCCAUUCUUCUUGCAUGCUGUGUCUGCGACGGCUCGGCUGUUGCAGGACCCAGAUUGGAAAGCCGUCUCUUGCCAGGAGGACUCCUAUGUCAGCGGGGUCGCGAUCGGUUAUGACUGCCCCGUCGCCGCAGCAAGAUCGGUCAAAAGGGAAGGCGUGGCCUUCCGCACUGAUGCAAAGUGCGCGGACGGGUACGUGGUCCUUGGGGGUUGGGAUUGCGCAGGCACAACUCAGGAGUCCAGAUGGUUCUCACUUCGACUUACUCCCUCAGAGGCCCCUUACCUCUUCGACUCAGAAGGUCACAGUCAGUGGGCUUCGGCAUCGGCUGAAUUGCUGGCCACGCUGGCUGCACUGCACAUCUUCGGUCACCUUGAAGCCGGGCCAACUAGGCGUUUGAUGAAGGUUGAGGUUCUAGCUCAGACGGAUAAUAAGUCUAACGAGGGCUUGACUCGCAAGGGUUCUACAACGCGCUGGCCCUUGCUCAUGGUUAACAUGCAGCUCACCCAUGUUCUCAUGAAGGCCGGCUUGCGGUUGAACUUGGGAUGGCGUCCACGGGACGAAAAUCAGGAGGCCGAUGAUUUAACCAACGAAAUCUUCGACCGUUUCUCUGAGGAGUUGCGGGUCCCAGUGCAGUACUCCGAAUUGCCGCUUUCCUUUCUUCACACUCUUUACGAAGCCAGGCGUGCACAGCUGAGCAGCCGUGAAGUGGAUUCCAUCCGCGACACGGUCGGUGGCAGGCCACGCUUUAGAGGCAAGAGAAAGAGAGAGAAGUCCCCUUGGUGA